AUGUUUGCUCCUCCAGGUGUUGACUCCUCUUCCUCAGGCGAAGAAACCACUCCACCUCCUUCGCCAAUCCCUCAACGGGUCAAACCCAAAUUCUCAUUCCGAUCUUUAUUCUCACCCACCUCAGGCGUUGGUAGCAGCACCCAUCAUUCUCGUACUCUCAGGAAGGGAAAGGUUAAACCACCUACUAAUGAAGAGGUCAAACAUUCUACUCCUGUAGAAGCUGCCGAAGCUGAUCCGAAAUUACCUACUGACGAAAACGAUUUACUCACACCUAAAAAGAGAGUACGGAUCUAUGCAGGAGAAUUGCAGAGUGGUGAGAGAGCUAGAGGAUUGACUAAUAAUCUGGGUGAAGGAGUUAGAGAUUCUCUGACUCCUCCUGCUAUCAAGAAUCAAGAGACACUUUUGGAUACCGACAAUAAUAGGAAUGAUAAUAAUGCUACAGGGAUAUCACAAGAGGUGUAUAUGAUGUUGAAGAGAUUUACAGAUGAACAAAAAGAGCUCGAACAUGCUGAAAGAGGACAACAAUUGAAAGUACAGGUACAGCCACCUACCAGAACGUCUUCUAUGCCUGUCUCGAACGAUACACCUGUGGACACCCCUCUGCGAAAAGGCAAAGCCCAAGCCAAAGCUAUACCCAAGCCCAAGCCAAUUAUAACCGAUACCUCCCCUGAGGACGGUGCACAGCUCUCACCAUCCCCCACUCGGAUCCAUGGUGCUAUUCGAGGUGGAGAUGCAGAUCAGUCCAAACCUACUGAUAUACUCUUACGUUUGAAAUCUAGUGCUUCGUCUUUAUCAAAGAAAAGAUCUCUCAAAUCGCUCCGAUCCAUCAAACUGAACAAGAAGUCACUCUCAUCUCAUGAAGUUCCUCCCGUACCGCCCAUUCCCAAGGACCAGGGCAAUGAUGCAGAGACGGUGAUGAUUUCCAGAACACCUAUAGCUGAUAAAUAUGCUCGCCCACAGAAUCUCUUGGCUCACCAACCCCUGACAGAACAGCCUCAAACAGCUCCUCCAGCUAUCAGCGAGCAUACCGAAACCAAUCCUCCUCGCGAUAUCGGUACCGCCGAGGAGUACUUUCGAAGCUUCCCGGAUAAUAUGCAUUUACCUUAUUGUCCUCAUUGUCAUUCACCUCGUACCGCACCUCCUAUGCCUGACUACCCAUCGACACCACCGAAUAUCGUCCAGAAUCGAGGAUGGUGUCAGCCACCGGGAUGGGCUAUACACCCAUAUCAUCCGGUCUCACGUCCAUCAAGCUCCCCGCUCAACUACCCUCAUACAUUUGUAAGGCAAGAACAUGCAAUCAGUGAUCAUUACCCACCAGAGAUGAAUCUUUCUGCUGAAGAGAAUCGCCAGACCAGAGAACCUCCUUCUUCACAGGAUGUCAAGAAUCUUGCAGAAAGUGGAAGGAUAGCCGCAGAGCCAUUGUUGAGAUCGGGCCCAAUGAGAGAAGUGAGGAAAUACGAAGGUGAGAGAUAUGAUUCCGUACAAGGUGAGAUUGGUAGAUCAUCACAUCUGAAGAACGGUGGGGAUAUUGAGCGUGAUGCUACUCAAACAAUGGGGAAACCUGGUCGUGAUGGGAGAAAAGACCUUGACGAAGAAGGACGAUUGAUAAAAAACUCUCAAGACGGAGAUAAGGUCAAGGAUCGCGACAGUUGCCCUCAGGAGAUAACCAAGCUGAAACCCUCUGAUGUAAGCGUAAAGCCACGGUCAGCUGAAGGGCAGAACCGUCCACAAGAUCAAGGGCUCGGUCAGAAAGACAAGCUAGAACGUAUUGUCAGGCAGUAUAAAGCCGAAUACUCCGAUGCUGUCAAACACUACAAGACAUCGGGAUUGCAUCAAAAUGAGAAGGAGCAAGCUAAAGAGAAGGUGAAGAGGGCAGAAGUGAGGCUGAAAGAAGCUACUCAAGCUUUCAGAGAACAGGUUUCGACUCACAAGGAUGAGGAGAAGGAGUUAAAAGGUCAUCUUGUCGAGGCUGAACAAGGUAGAGAAAAGCUUGCUGCCAAGAAAGAAGCUAUGGAAAAUGCAAAGGAAACCUCCAAGGACGGAGAACCACUGGUGCGAAAGCACAAUUUUACAAAAAAUGGUACAAAUGCAACAGCUUUACCAGAGAAUGAAGAUUCAGGUUUGACUGCUGACCAGCAGAAGAUGAAUGGACACCUAGAGGAUUUGCAGAAGAUGGUAGAAAAGAGCCAAGUGCGGUACAAGCAAGCUGUGAAGAUCUAUAAAUCCGAAAGAUUGAGUGAGGAGGAAGGAAAAGCGGCUAAAGAGGGGAUGAAGAAGGCUGACAUGAGAUUGAAAGAACAUAUGCAAGCGCUUCAAGAAGCGAGGAUUGAGCUGGACGGCAAACGACAUGCCCGGGAAGUAGAGGUGGAGGGAGAAGGAGGAGAAGGUGAGGGUGAUCAUCCGUUGAUUAACUUUAAGCACCAAGACAAGUCAGAUGAACAGGAUCUAAAGAGAGUGAGUGAGGAUGUUGAGGUUGAAGAUCACCAGAUGAGGAAAUCACCUGCAGGGGACGACGUAACGGGUAGAUCGAUGAGGGCGUCUGAACGUGGCGGCGACCGUGAGAAGGAAGAGCUGGAACUGUUGGUGAAGAAAUAUCAAGCUAGACAUAAUGCAGCUUUGAAAGCAUACAAGGUUGAUGACCUUACGGACAAUCAGAAACAAGAUGCUAAGAAAGAAGUUGUCAGACCGCAGGGAAAGCUGAAAGAAGCUAUGCAAGCUUUGAAUGCAUUUCAAAAUUCACCGCAAAAGUCGGAUGGACAAGACGCAAACCAUGCCAAGGGUGAAGAUAGUGCCCGUAAGGCUGAAGAUGGAUCAACGGGGCCUGAUAGUGCUGCCAAGAUGAAAGAUAUCAAGAACGUAUCCCAACAAGGACAGCAGAUUACUAGAAUACCUGAUCAAGAUAAUAACAAGAAGAGGAGAGAUCUGGAAGGGCUUGUCCAGAAAUAUCGAAUCCGCCACAAAGAGCUUAUCAAAGCUUAUAAGGCUGAAGGUCUUCCUGAAGAGAAGAAAAAACGGAUCAGAGAGGAUAUCAAGACGACCGAAGGCGAGCUGAAAGAAUCGAUACAAGCUCUAGAAGCUCAUAAGACAAACGAAAAGACGGGUGCCCCGAAGACAGACAACAGCAAGGGUGGUACAAACCCAGAGCCAUCCAAAGUAGAGGAAUCAAGACCAGGGUACGCCGCAGAAAGGGACAUUGAAGGUAAGAUCAGAGAGCUAGAGAAGUCUAUCAUGAAGGAUCAGAUAGAUUAUAAACAAGCUAUGAAGUCGUAUAGACAAGAGGGGUUAUCUGAUGAUGAAAAGACAGAAAUCAAGGACAGACUAAAGAGCAUUGAAAGUAGAAUCAAGGAAAGUACGAGAAUUUUAGAGAGGCUGAAACAGACCAAUGGAAUAACCAAGAAGAAUAACAAGAUCAUUGGGCAAGAUACCAAAACCGAGAUUUCAGACUCGGAAGAAUCGCUUAAACCCAAACUCGAAACGUCAAGCAAAACAUCAGCUGCUGAAUCAUCAUCGUCCAACAAGUCUAAAAUCGUUCCCAGCGAUGACAAGGUCAAGAGGUUAGAAGAGAUGGUCAAACAAUACCAAAUCCGGCACAAAGAGGCUGUCAGAAAAGUUAAAUCUGAGGGGUUGACCGGCGAUCAGAGGGAGCAAGCAAAAGUCAGCGUCAAGAGGAUGGAGGUCAAGUUAAAGGAGAGUCUCCAAGCUCUGCAGAACAUCAAAGCGGAAACCGAAGCCGAUUCCUCCCAGCAAAGGAAAGAUCAGAUAGAUGGUGUCAAAGAGAAGAAACAGGAUCAAAUGGCAGUCAAAGGAUAUGCGGGUAUGCAGUCUGAAGAGCCAAGCAAGGCUGAGGCACCGAACCCGCACAAGCCGAGGACAAACAGUGCAACAUCUCCAAUCGAAAGGAAUUCUGAUGUGCAGAAGCUAGAGAAACAGUUGAAAGAGCUCAAGAGCUCAUAUGCCGAAGCUAUCAAAUUGUACAAGAGCGAACAACUGAGCGAGGGUGAUAAGAGGAAAGCUAAGGAGAAGGUGAUGUAUCUGGAGCAAAAGAUCAAACAAAGUCAGAAGGGGCUCUACAAAAUCGCGAAAAAUGGCAGUGCGUCCUUCCAAGAGUCGGAGAAAGGGCUUGAAGGGGCGGAGACAGUCCAGAAGCAGAUCAAGGCUACAGAAAACUGGGAUGAAGCUUUGAAAGAGUAUGUGACUACGCCCGAUAUGACUCAGGGGCAGAGGGAGGAAGCGAGGAUGAAAGUGAAGACCGCCAGAGGGGAGUAUGAUGAUGCUCAACGAGAGCUUCAAAUGGCACACGAGGUAACAGGCUCGAAUGAGCCUGAGCUACCUGAGAAAGGGCUUAAUGCUCAAGAAAGGAAAGGUGAGACUUCUGAACAUUUGCGAACGAGAGACGUUGCACAGACACAAAAUCUGAAGAAUAUUCCCACUGCCAUUGCAAGGUCACCUGCUUCGAUGACAUCCAAGCCCAAAGAGCUAGAUGAAGAAGUGAGUCGAGAGAAACCAGUUGAACAUCUGGAAAAAGAAGGUGCAACAUCUGAGGGGAAUCAUCAGGCAUGGGCACCUCUAAGACUACCAUCAAAAAGAUUGUCAGUACCGCCUACGCCUUCGAAGUCACCAACGAGAGGAGCUGUUAGAGAGAUUCAACCAGGUCCGAAUGUGGCAGGGGACAUCACUUGGUCAAAGACGUUGAUCUCAUCACUGGCCAACUGUAUCGAUCUGGCCAACCGAAUCCUCGUAUCACUGAAUGACUCGCCGUCCCCUAAUCCAAUUACCGAGAUCGUCCAGCAUCUUAUUAUUGGCCUGAUGAUGCAGAAAGAUGUACUUUUAUCACUGAAAGAGGUCGUAGGUGAGGAGAGCGCAGGGAUGAUAGAUGAAUUUGGAGAGCACGUGGCGAUUAUCAAGUGGUAUGUGGAAGACCUGAUGAUCAAAAGGAAAGAAGGGACAUUAGAAGAGAAUGGCGUUAUGAGAGCUGAAAAAGUUGUUGAAAAAGGUUCACAGGUGCUGGAAAAUGUAACGGUUCAAAGUAUCGUCAAUCACCUAGUGGCUUUUACUGAGUACUUAACGCCGGGAAUGAUUGACACACUGAAGGAAAUAGCGAGUGAAUGGAAGAGAGAAGGACUUGGGAUGAAAGUGAUAAUACACACAGCUCUUGCCAUACGAAAAGAACUAGCCGUCAUCCAGAGAUCCAAGGAACAUCCAAAACAGAUAGAAGAGAAGAAGAAAACUGAGGGUAUGAUAGAAACUUUGGACAAGGUGUUGGCACUAUUUUCUUCCGAUCACUCAGACACAGUGCUAGUAGCCGAAGCAGAAGUCAAGAGAAAACGCUCAAAUUUGUCCGCCCUAACUGAGCAGCAAAGCGGAAUGACGUCCUUCGGUUCCAUGCUGAGAAAGGAGGUCAAGAAGGACAAAGGGAAGAAGAGGGAAGACUAUAUUGACGUCAAAGCUGAAAUCAGACCAGGACCAGCAGACACCAUAGAAAAUUCGAUACGAUCGGAAGAUAAACCUUUCACUUCUAUUGAACCCACCUCAUCUUCCUAUGAGCUAUUUCCAAUCUCAUCAAAUAGUUCGCCGAUGCCUCGAUCACAUACUCCCAUAGAGGAACCACCAAGUUCCCUUUCCCAUCUGAUGAGUAAGAUCUCAAAUAAAUUGCAUCAUUCUAAAUCCCUUCGUCCCAAUGAUGGAAAAGAGAAAGAGAAAGAGAAAGACAGGAAAUCUAGACCUAGACCAAUUAUCGCUCCUUCACCUCAUAAACCGCUGAAAGACAAUGGAGUUCUCAAAUUACCUCAAACCACGCAGACGUUCCUGACUGGGAGAUCGAGCUGGAAGCGUCGCGCUAGACCCCAAAAGAUAUCUAGUGCUAGUUUAGCUUCCACUUCAUCAAGUUUCUCGGCUACUGUCCCUUAUACGGCCCCUUUACCCUCACGACACGACCAGAGCGAAUCGAGUCCAGCGGGGUCUAGUCCGUCAAGAUAUUCCCAGACGUCAGUCGAUAGUGGGAGUACGUCAACAGUAAAGUCAGAUCGAUUGGCUGGAGAGUUACUCGCUCAAGCUGAUAGUGGACCGCAAGCUGUCAAACAUGAUUGGAGGAAUGAUCUGAAUUCUUCGAGUAGUGGUAGAGGGAGGGUUGAAGCUGAUGAUAGUCAAGUGAAGAGAGCAGAAGAUGUGUUGUAUAAUAAGGUUUUACCUGUUGCAGAUACUUCGAGAGGGGGUAGAAGAAGAGGCGAUUAUAUCUAG